AUGGGGGCCAUCUGGGAAUUUUGAUUGUUAUGUUUGCUGGCUCCACGAAGUUAAAGUCGCGAGCAGGUGAAAUUGCAUGCAGUCCAAAACGGGAGAAUGGUUCAAGACAUUUUGCGGAAAUAAACAAGAUUCCGCGUCGGUCUAAUCAGACACUAACACCAAUCAACAGAAGCAAUUGAAAUAUUUGGAUGGGAUCACCUUUUUUUCUGCUAGCAACAUGGAUGUUGGACUUCCAUUUCGUUCUAGCUGUGCUGAAACACACCAGGUUGACCUGAACGUGAUCGUGAAAGAAGAAGAUAUAAAAGAUGAUGUAAAACAGGAGGAAUCUGGUCAUCUGAUUGCAUGUCCAGAUGCAGAAGAAAAGUCUACUUACAGUGCAACACUACAGACAACGGUGAAGAAGGAGGAGGAAGAGGAGGAAGUGCGACAGCUUGGCCCGCUGAGCGUGAUGGUGAAAGAAGAAGAUAUAAAAGAGGAGGAGUAUGGUCAUAUGAUUUCAUGUCCAGAUGAAGAAGAAAAGCCCUUUGCAGAGCUUCACUGUGAAUCUCAAACAGACUGUAAAACUGAAACAGACGUCACAGAGUCACCAAGGUCUACUUACAAUGAAAUGACAACAGUGACGAUUGAAGUGAAGAAAGAAGAGCAGGUGGAGGAAGAGGAGCAUGAGCAGCUGGAAAGUGUAUCAGAACACCCGCACAUAAGGCAACAGAAGAUCCAUGGACCGAAUGAUGAACUUAAAGGAAGGCUUUACCAUCGCUCAGUCUACAGGAAGAGUUUCACAGCCCUUACUGAACUCGAGAAACCGCAGCAAACACAAUCUCAUGGUGUUAAUCAAAGGCAGAGUACUGGCAAAAGGCAACAUAAAUAUGCCUAUUGUGGAAAAGCUUUUUCAAAAAAUGUCACAUCUUAAAGCCCCUCUGUUAAUACACACUAGAAGGAAGCCUCAUAAAUGUGUCAAUUGUAAUGGAGCUUUUACAAAGCUCUCAACUCUUAAACGCCACAUGUUCAUACAUACUGGAGAGAAGCCUCACAAAUGUACCCAGUGUGUAAAAACUUUUUCACAAAGGUCAGCUCUUAAAAGCCAUAUGCUAAUACACACUGGAGAGAAGUCUCAUGAAUGUGCCCUGUGUGGAAAAGCUUUUAAACAUCUCUCAAGUCUUAAAACCCACAUAGUAAUACACACUGGAGAGAAGCCUCACAAAUGUACCCAGUGUGGAAAAGCUUUUGCACACCACUCAUUUCUUAGAAAACACAUGCUCAUACACACUAGAGGGAGGCCUCAUAAAUGUGUCAAUUGUGAUGGAGCUUUUACACAGCUCUCAACUCUUAAACGCCACAUGUUCAUACAUACUGGAGAGACGCCUCACAAAUGUACCCAGUGUGGAAAAACUUUUUUGCAAAGGUCAGCUCUUAAAAUCCACAUGCUAAUACACACUGGAGAGAAGCCUCAUAAAUGUGUCCAGUGUGGAAAAACGUUUACCCGCAACUCAAAUCUUAAACGCCACGUGUUCAAACAUACUGGAGAGGCACGUCACAAAUGUACCCAGUGUGGAAAAACUUUUUCACAAAGGUCAGCUCUUAAAAUCCACAUGCUAAUACACACUGGAGAGAAGCCUCAUAAAUGUGUCCUGUGUGGAAAAACGUUUACCCGCAACUCAAAUCUUAAACGCCACAUGUUCAUACAUACUGGAGAGACGCCUCACAAAUGUACCCAGUGUUGAAAAUCUUUUUCACAAAGUUCAGCUCUUAAAACCCAUAUGUUAAUACACACUGGAGAGAAGCCUCACAAAUGUACCCAGUGUGGAAAAGCUUUGACAUGCCUCUCAUCUCUUAAACACAUUCUCAGACAUACUCGAGAGAAGCCUCAUAUAGGUGUCCAGUGUGGAAAAGCUUUUUCGCAAUGUUCAGCUCUUAAAAGCCAUUUACUAAUACACACUGGAAAGAAACCUCAUGAAUGUGCCCUGUGUGGAAAAGCUUUCAAACAUCUCUCAAAUCUUAAAACCCACAUGGCAAUAGUCACUCACAAAGACAGCCACAAAAGUACUCAGUGGGGAAAAGCUUUUACACACAUUUCAGGUCUUAAAAGCCAUUUACGAAUACACACUGGAGAGAAACCGCUUCAUUAAUGUGGCCAGUGUGGAAAAGGUUUUCCAUAUAUUUCUAAAUUAAAAAGACGUAUGCUAACACACACUGAAAAGAGGCCUCAUAUAAAGGCUUAAAAAUAUAUGCAAAUUCACGUUGGAGAGAAAGUGUGAAAAGGCAUUCAAGUAUUCCUAUUCAAAAUAAUAUGAUAGUGCAAACUGUUAAGAAUUGAAAAAGCCACAGAAAUGUUUGAAAAAGCAUUGAUAGUCCCUCGCAUCUAGAAAGACAGGUGUAUGUUACCAUGACAAGUUAAAUAUAAACAUAGUCCAUGAAAUGUUGAAAUGUUUAUGUCCAGUUUGCACAAGCAGCGAAAUAGGCUGUCAUUCUAUGAAAUCAUGGCUCACAUUACAGUAACGCUAAUUUAUAAAGGACGUGUACAAUUCAUUUAUUGGGACUAUUCCUAUUUUUUU